CUGUAUUAUAUUAAAUUAAGUGUUUAAGAAUAUGGCUGCUUUGGGAGGAUUUGAUAAACCUAUUUUACAUGGAUUAUGUACUUAUGGUAUAUGUGCUAAAGCUGCUAUUCAAACAUUUACUUAAGUAUUUUAUUAUCUUAUUUUAGGGAAAUGGAGAUGCUCUUAAAAAUAUGGCUGCAAGAUUUACUUCACAUGUCUUUCCAGGUGAAACACUUAUAAUUUCAUUAUGGAAGGAAGGAACCAAAGUUUAAUUCUCAGCUAAAACUUUAGAAAGAGGACUUGAAGUUAUUAUCGGCUUUGUUGAGUUUAAUGAAAAAGCUAAAUUAUGAAAUAAUUUAUCAAAUAAAUUA